AUGGUGGAUCCGGCGAACUCGCCACUUGGACGGAUGCUAUUGGACGAGAUCACCCCCGUGGUCAUGGUCCUCCGAACCCCUUUCGUCGAGGAGAGUUGUCAGAAAAAUGACCUUAGCUUAGUCGAAAUGCUCAGCCCUUUCUGCGUCUUCAACAACAUUGACGUGCCUGUACGGACAGCGAGUGAUCAGCCUUAUAGAUUACGGAAGUUCAAGUUACGGUUGUUCUAUGCGUCCGAUGUUCGGCAGCCAAAUAUUGAGUUGUUUCUUCGUUAUAUGUUUAUAGUGCCUGUACGGACAGCGAGUGAUCAGCCUUAUAGAUUACGGAAGUUCAAGUUACGGUUGUUCUAUGCGUCCGAUGUUCGGCAGCCAAAUAUUGAGGGAGUAACCAGACCUGUAUCGAAGGGUCCAGACAAGGAAGGGAUGGUGGUGGGCAUGGUGACAUCUUUUACAGUCAUGAGGGAGUUUAAGGAUGGUGAGUUCUCAACUAAGGUCUUGGACUAUCAGUUUUGUAGAGACAAGGCAUUCUCAUUCCCAUGGAAGAUUAUAUGGGGAUCUAAGGCUCAGAAUAAGUGGCUUUCUUAUCGUGGAAGAUGGCUUGAUUAUAAAGAUCUGGUAAUAUAUGUGGUGGCAUCUGGGUACUAUAGAGAAACAGUUCCUUCACUGUGUGCAGAUGUCCCUCCUGUCUCAAAUGAGGCGGAAACCAGUUUCUAUGUUUGCAAGAAUGCAAGAAAGACUUUUGGAACCCUAAUGGUUCAUUGUGAACUGGUGAGAGAUUUGGAGUUCUUUGGCCUAUGCUCAUUCUCUAAUGGACGUCAGAGAACUAUUGGUCCUUGUAUAGGAGGUGUCAUAGAGGGAGACAUGUUUGGAGUUGAUGAGGGAGUAACCAGACCUGUAUCGAAGGGUCCAGACAAGGAAGGGAUGGUGGUGGGCAUGGUGACAUCUUUUACAGUCAUGAGGGAGUUUAAGGAUGGUGAGUUCUCAACUAAGGUCUUGGACUAUCAGUUUUGUAGAGACAAGGCAUUCUCAUUCCCAUGGAAGAUUAUAUGGGGAUCUAAGGCUCAGAAUAAGUGGCUUUCUUAUCGUGGAAGAUGGCUUGAUUAUAAAGAUCUGGUAAUAUAUGUGGUGGCAUCUGGGUACUAUAGAGAAACAGUUCCUUCACUGUGUGCAGAUGUCCCUCCUGUCUCAAAUGAGGCGGAAACCAGUUUCUAUGUUUGCAAGAAUGCAAGAAAGACUUUUGGAACCCUAAUGGUUCAUUGUGAACUGGUUGCAAAGGAGCGGCUAAAACAGGUUAUCACUCUUGCAGGAGAGAAAGAUCUUUCCACCUUGUAUUCUGAUCCGCCACCAACUGAAACUGUUCUCACUUCAUCUCAACCAGACUGUUUGCCAUCGUGGUUUCAUUUUUUCAACAAAGAGCUUGUACGUGCAGUCUCUUUUUCAGAACAUGAAGCUUUUGACCAUCCUGUGGCAUGCCUUUUGGUUGUUUCUUCUAAGGAUGAAGAGCCUAUCAACAAAUUUGUUGACCUUUUCAAUACCAACCAGUUGCCCUCUCUUCUUAAUGAUGGCGCAAUGGAUCCAAAGAUAUUGAAGCAUUUCUUAUUGGUGCAUGAUAACCAAGAUGGCACAUUGGACAGAGCAACGAAAAUAUUGACAGAAAUGAAGAAUACAUUUGGCGCAAAUGAUUGUCGAUUGCUAUGUAUUAACUCCUCCCAAGAUGGGUCAGAGGAACAUCAAGAAAACCCGUGGGAUCCUUAUAAAACUGAUGCUGCAAAUAGUAACAGGCUUGGUUGCUUCCUAAACAUCGAUGAUUUGGAUGAGUUGAAAAAUAUAAUGCAAGAUCUGUCAUCUAAGCACAUCAUUCCUCACAUGGAGCACAAAAUCCGUGUUCUUAAUGAGCAGGUUUCUGCAACAAGGAAAGGAUUUAGAAAUCAAAUAAAAAACUUGUGGUGGAGAAAAGGGAAAGAAGAUAUUCCCGCUAGCCCCAGUGGUCCCAUGUAUACAUUUAACUCAAUUGAAUCUCAAAUGAGAAUUCUGGGUGACUAUGCCUUCAUGUUACGAGAUUAUGAGCUCGCACUGUCAAACUAUCGACUGCUUUCCACAGAUUACAAGCUUGAUAAAUCAUGGAAACAGUAUGCCGGUGUACAGGAAAUGAUGGGCCUGACGUAUUUCAUGUCGGAUCAAUUGAGAAAGGAUGCUGAGUAUUGCAUGGAAAAUGCAUUUAACACAUAUUUAAAAGUUGGAUUGUCUGGUCCGAGAAAUGCUACGCGAUGUGGUCUCUGGUGGGUAGAAAUGUUGAAGACAAUGGAUCAGUAUAAAGAGGCUGCCAGUGUUUACUUCCGUAUCUCUGGUGAGGAACCCCUGCAUUCGGCUGUAAUGCUUGAGCAAGCAUCUUAUUGCUACUUGUUUUCAAAACCGCCCAUGCUACGCAAGUAUGGGUUUCAUCUCAUUCUUUCUGGAGAUCUUUACAAGAAAUGCGAUCAGAUGAAACAUGCAAUUCGAACAUACAGAGCUGCUCUCUCUGUAUUUAAAGGAACUAUGUGGAGCCAUAUUAACGAUCAUGUGCAUUUCCACAUCGGAAAGUGGUAUGCUUUCCUUGGGAUGUUUGACAUGGCUAUCAAACAUUUGUUGGAAGUCCUAGCCUGUAGCCAUCAAUCAAAGAUGACGCAGGAAUUAUUCCUGAGGGACUUCUUUCAAAUUGUUCAGGAACCCCUGCAUUCGGCUGUAAUGCUUGAGCAAGCAUCUUAUUGCUACUUGUUUUCAAAACCGCCCAUGCUACGCAAGUAUGGGUUUCAUCUCAUUCUUUCUGGAGAUCUUUACAAGAAAUGCGAUCAGAUGAAACAUGCAAUUCGAACAUACAGAGCUGCUCUCUCUGUAUUUAAAGGAACUAUGUGGAGCCAUAUUAACGAUCAUGUGCAUUUCCACAUCGGAAAGUGGUAUGCUUUCCUUGGGAUGUUUGACAUGGCUAUCAAACAUUUGUUGGAAGUCCUAGCCUGUAGCCAUCAAUCAAAGAUGACGCAGGAAUUAUUCCUGAGGGACUUCUUUCAAAUUGUUCAGAAAGCAGGGAAAACAUUUGAAGUAUUGAGGCUUCAGUUGCCUGUGGUUAAUGUUUCUUCACUGAAGGUUGUUUUUGAAGAUCAUCGAACUUAUGCAUCACCUGAAGCUGUCAAUGUUAGUGAAAGUUUGUGGAAGUCUUUGGAGGAGGACGUAAUCCCACCAUUUUCUAUCAUCAGGACUAAUUGGCUGGAAUCACAAGCAAAGCUUGUACCAACUUUGUAUAAAGAAUCAAAUAUAUGUGUGGCAGGAGAAGCGAUUACGGUAGUUAUCGGUUUCAAAAAUCCCCUUCAAAUCCCUGUUUCAAUCUCUAGUGCUUCCCUAACAUGUGAGCAUUCUGCACAAUCUGAUGAAAUGAAACCUGGGGCAAAUAGCUCAACAACUGGGCAUCAGAUUGACGAGGAAUCCAGGAAGUUAGCCACCAGUGGUGAAAUUAUCUCAGACAUGUCUGCAUUUACAUUGUCCGAGGUUGACAUUUUACUUGGAGGUGGUGAAACAAUUGAGGCACAGCUUACAGUUACGCCCAAAGAGGAAGGCAUCUUAAAAAUAGUUGGUGUGAAGUGGAAAUUGUCAGGUUCAGUAAUUGGUUUCCAUAAGUUUGAGUCGGACUUGGUUAAAAGGAAAGUUGCAAAGGGAAGACGAAAUAUUAAGACGUCUAUGAAGGAUAACCUCAAGUUUUUAGUGAUCAAGAGUCUACCCAAGCUUGAAGGGUUCAUUGAUCACAUGCCUAAAACAGUUUAUGCAGGAGAUUUACGGCGUCUUGCCUUGGAGUUGAAGAAUCCAUCAGAAAUUCCUGUGAAGAGUAUAAAGAUGAGGAUCAAUCAUCCAAGGUUUUUAAACAUUGGAAAUCCGGAAGUUAUGAAUAUGGAAUUUCCUGCUUGCCUUGUUAAAAAGGAAAAUUCCAUACAGUCCAACACCAAUAAAGCAUCAGACAGUGUUUUUGUGUUUCCCGAGAAUACAGUAAUUCGUAGAGAAACUCCACUCUCUUGGCCUCUUUGGCUUCGGGCUGCUGCUCCUGGGAAUAUUUCAUUGUACCUAACAAUAUGCUUUGAGAUGGGAGAUGAAUCAACUGUCAUGAGAUAUCGCACUUUACGCAUGCAUUAUAAUUUGGAGGUAUUACCAUCAUUAGAUGUGUCCUUCCAAAUCAGCUCAUGUCCUUCAAGAUUGCAAGAAUUUCUUGUGCGAAUGGAUGUUGUCAACAGGACCAGUUCAGAGAGUUUCCAGGUUCAUCAGUUGUCAUUUGUUGGAAAACAAUGGGAAAUAUCAUUGCUUCAACCAAUUGAUACCGUUCUUCCUUUGCAAUUUCUAAUGGCUGGUCAAGCACUCGCAUGUUUUUUCAAGCUCAAGAAUUGCAGGAAACCUGGAACUGAUGAAGACAAGGUCCUUUCUCUAGCCCCUUUAGAUAGAACUGAUGCGAGAUUGCGCCAUGGUAGCAGUGAAGCCUUGUUUGAUGUAUAUAACUCACCUUUAAUUGAUUUUCACCAUUAUGAAAGAGUGCACCAGGAAAUGUCAGAUCAGGGACAUCAAGGUACAAUUGACUUCAUAUUGAUGACCCAGAUGCAGAGUGAUAACAAUCCUGGGCUCCCCAACAGCAGAAAUGUUUUCUCACAUCAUGUGUGUCAUUGCAGUCUUGCAAGCACGAGUCCGAUAUGGUGGCAAAUGGAUGGCCCCUGUAUCUUCCGACAUAACUUCUCUGCUUCUUUCUGCGAAAUAAAUCUAAGGAUGACCAUCCACAACUCCUCAGAUGUCGUUGCAUCAAUUCGCAUCAAGACCUCUGAUUCUAAUUCCAGUGUUAGUCCAUUUAACAGUGCAACUUCAGUCUCUUCUGGAGAUGAAGCAGGAUGGCACGAUAUGUCUCUAUCGAAUGAUGGUAAAGUCACAUCUGAUGUGCUGGCAACUCGAGUUGGGAAGUCACUAUCACCAGAUUGUGUUUCACCUUUCAUUUGGUCAGGUUCAAGUUCUACUCGAAUCAAACUUGAUCCCUUGUCCACAACCAAAAUUCCUCUCCAGAUUUGUGUGUUUUCUCCUGGGACAUUUGAUUUGUCAGAUUAUGUUCUGCAUUGGAAUCUUCUUUCCCCUGAUGAUCAGGAGGAUGAUGAGGCUGGAAAGAGACCAUCUUCAGGAACGUGCCAGGGGCAUCCUUACUAUCUAACCGUGCUGCAACAGGAUUGAGCUUUUGGCUGUGGUAAAUUUUGGCUCUCUUUUCAAUGGCAGACUAGAGAUUUUGUUUGUAGUUGUUCUGUACUUUCAGCUUGUAAAUUAUGGUGUUUCAAUGUAUUUGUAUAGAAAUAGGAGUUUUUUUCAUUUGUUGGGGUGUGUGAGGAGGGCGAGGGGGUAGAUUUGAUUAAAAGUCGAAGGCAAGAUUUAAUAGGUGGUUCUAUUUUUUCUUCAAAACAAUAAGAGCAAUGGAAAUUAGGUAAAUCCGCUACCUUAUACUAGGUUUUCACCUAUACUGGGUGAUACGUGAUUUUUUGGUUAACUCAUUUUUUGGGAAGAACUGAUGAGCAAAUGAUUGGGCUAAAGCUGAAUGUAAUCAAUGAAUCCAUGACUAGCCGAUGAAUUUCAAUAUAUUUCAUUUGCUUGUUCCCUUUGGAGAAUGACAGUAAUAUUGUGCUCGAGGCUUGAUG